UUUGUUGGACGGAUGUGUUGCACGACGAUCUGCUUUAUUGUAACUGUCCUCCUGCUUCUGAUGCUUGGGGUCUCUAUUUGCAGCCUAGCUCCACGAAGGCACUGCCGCAGCCGUCGCCGCCCCGACCCAGCGCCCCUCACCUACAGGCCUUUUGGAAUAACAGUUUUUGAAGAACUGUCUGUUGUAUAGUGAAAUUAGGCUCCUGAUCAUUAUGGACCAGCAACCUCAAAAUGAUGCUGAUUUUCUUGAACCAUCAGUACUCUUAGAUGAGACACAUUACCAGGAGGGCUACAAAAAUGGUUAUCAUGAUGGCCUGUCAUCAGGGAAGGAAGAUGGAAGGCAGGUUGGUUUAAAGAUGGGUUUCCAGGUCGGUGAAGAACUGGGUUUCUAUCAGGGCUGUGUGGAUGUGUGGACGUCUGCAACUCGCAUUGAUCAGAAUGUGUUCUCAACUAGGGUCAUGAAGAACAUCGAGCAACUAGCCGCGCUGGUGAGCAGCUAUCCGCUCUCUGAUCCGGAGAAUGAACAAGUUCAAGACGUGAUGGAGAAGAUAAGGCUGAAAUUCAGGGUUAUCACUGCAAGCUUAGGGGUGAAGUUGGAGUAUGAAGGUCGCCCAGCAUCAUCGAAACAGGACGUUGAGGAUCUGUGAGUGUGACCGAAAUUUUGGUCCUCCCCUUAUCUUUGCCAUAUCGAGUUCUCUCAAUCCUGUGUUCAGCUCAUUGCUAUCAUGAAGAAUUUACCGCGAGACAACGUCAAAGCAUGAAUCAGUAUACUCUACUGUUGUAACCUUGUCUUCAGUUUUGUCUACCUGCUCUCUCAUCCAUGAUUAGUCUUUAGGGUUUCACCAGAGAUCCACAAGUAUUUUGUUUAAUUGUGGAGUGAUUCUCUUCCUCUUUCACAACUCAAAACGCACUAUAAAUAUUAUCAAUAGUCUUAAACUUUUCGUCGAAUGGCUUCUUAUUAUCCUAUAUCA